AGUCGCUGUACCGCCGUAUGUGGGACUGCCGCGUUUUCCGUCGCCGCCGCACUUUUACGACAUUCAACUGCAUAUUAUCGUUACUGACGUUUACCAACAAAUAAAAAAGAAUCUCUCGUGUAUACGAGUAGUGGUGUUUAGUGAUCUUGGAUUGCCUCUUCAAAUAAUGGAAAUGAUUAAAGAAGUCAUCAGAGAAGUUAUAAGCAUGGUGAAUCAGAACUACCGAGCGCAGCAUGAUCUCACCUUGAGUAUUUGAGAUAAAACUUCACUUAGGGCAUGACGCCGAAGAAGAAAGCCGACAAACUCGGCACAGGGUAACCGAAGACGGGGUAUGUGGGUGAUUAUGAUUCUUACACUGGCAGUAGCAGUCGCUACGGACUGCCCCCAGCACUGCGAGUGUAAAUGGCGCAACGGGAAAGAUGCAGCCCUAUGUCAACGUGGAGGUUUUACUAGCAUUCCUACAGGCCUAUUAUCGUCAACACAGCUGCUUGAUGUCUCUGAAAACCGUUUUGCAACUCUUAAAGACCACAUAUUCAAUAAAACUGAUCUACUUAAUUUACAGCGCCUUUAUCUCUCUUCGUGUAGUAUUCGGAUUGUUCAACCUCGAGCAUUCUGGGGACUGAAAAAUCUUGUAGAACUAGAUCUUUCUAAUAAUAAACUAUCUAAUGUGCCAUCUUUAUCUUUCUCUCAUAUUACUGAUCUUCGAGAUUUAAAAUUAAAUGGCAAUCCAAUAACAAUUUUAAAAGCAGAAGCCUUCAAAUAUUUACGAGACCUCGUGCGAUUGACUCUGAGUUCUUGCCAAAUAUCUGAAAUACAACCUAGAACUUUUUUCGGUCUAGAAAGUUCACUGCAGUAUUUAGAAUUAAGCAGAAAUAUGUUAAAAGUCAUUAAUGUCAGCGUACUAGCACCAUUAAGAACUUUAAAAGACGUGACACUUUCAAGCAAUCCCUGGGAAUGUACCUGCAUUCUAAGACCGAUGCGUGAUUGGAUGAUAAAAAGAAAUGUGCCCGUAACAAUUACGCCAGAAUGUGCUUUACCACCACGACUAAAGUCGCAACCCUGGAACAGAAUCGAUUUAGAUGAUUUUGCUUGUACUCCCGAAGUGAACGUUAUGACAAAACAUGUUAGAGGAAUAGAAGGUAGCGAUGUAGUUCUAUUUUGCAAAGUAUCUGGAAUACCGGUGCCUAGAAUACGAUGGUAUCGUGGUGGUCGGUUACUUGCUAAUUCGACAUCCAAUAUCAAUUCCGGUAGAAAUUACAUAGUCAAAAUUGAAGGCCUAGCAAGUAAUUUAACAAUUAAAUCAGCAGAUAUACAUGAUGCUGGGGCUUAUACUUGUUACGCAGAAAACCGAGCUGGAAAAGCAGAUGUUGUUAUAGAACUUACAAUGGAAAAGUCAGCAGAAGUUCGUUUCAAAUUACAAGGUUUAAUAGCGGGAAUAACAAUAACUGCUGUGAUAAUAGUAUGCUCUUGUUUUAUAGGAGUAUGUAUACUCGAAUCUAGAAAAGGAGGAAGAUUAGAUAGAUUAAAUGAACAGAUAGUAGUAACAUAUCAAAAUGAUGAAGUCAGAUUACAUGAUAGUAAAGGAGAUACUGAAUUAACGAUGACACCAACAGAUAUAAGUCGUAAGAGAGGUGAUUAUAGAAAUGUGCCUUCCCAUGAUCCGGAAGACAGAAUUUAUAAUAAUGGCAUUCAAGACAACAUAAGUUCCGUAACUCCUUUGCCCCCGAGUAUGCACAGACCGGACUAUGAGUCACGAAACUAUCGACAUGAAAUGCCAGAUAACGAUUUACAUAUUCCGAGACAUAUACAAAGUAUCCACGAAACUUCUCAACAGAUCCUUAUGGAUAAUUUAAAAGCUCCAAUAAAAAAAUCAUCUGACUAUUAUAACAACAACUCCAAAACAUACAACCGACCACAAACACACAACUUUCCAUAUAGACACAUAUCUACUAAUGAUAAUGAAAGAAACUAUCCUGACUUAAUAGAAAUGAAUUCUUUUGAACGUCCAAUCAUGAGAAAUGAUUUGAAAUAUGAACCCCAUUAUUUUACUAUAAGAAAAAGGAAAGAUGGUGACAGCAGCAGCCCAUUAAUUGACAGUAGGCGAAAUAGUUCUGGCGGCGACUCCACCGGUUUCUAUGAACGGCCUUUAAAUAUAAACCGUCAAUCAUCUUGGAAUCGGCGUUCGAACAGCUCGUCAGACCUCACAAUAGGCAGCAAUCGAAAUCGUCACAAUCCCAGUCUGCCUACCUCGCCCACCAGAGAGCGGCUGUGUGCACCCUCUGCUACACCUCUGUUAGACAUGACUUCACUCCAAAAAUACUCUAGAACCAACUAUUCAAGAACGACAGAGGAAUUAGAAUUCCAAGUCAUGCAGUUGGAACAUUUUUUGGACGAAUAUCGAACCAUAGGUAAUCAAUUAUUUACAUCAUCUAAGGAGACUAAAGAGAACUUGCAAAAAUCUAGACCUAUUGUGAGUGAAGAAUUAGUUAUUUUGAAAGCAUCACCUUAUGUAACUGGAAUGUCGUCUGCAGCGUUACCUGAUGCGGCAUCUCCAUUGACGCUCAAUGCUUCAGAGCUCAGCUCUCAAACAGUUACGGAAAGACGCUCACUAUACCUUAAUUAAGCCAUCGGACAUUUGUUCCAGUGCUUCAAAUGAAAAUUUCUUCUUCCGUCACCAUCACCAUGUUUCACCAUCACCAUUUCUGAUAAAUAUAGUUGAUAAGUAUGUUGACUGAACAACAGUAUUGUGCUAAGUGUUAGGCAAUAAGUGUUAGGUACGGUACACAGUUUAUGGACAAUUCUUCCCACUAUAUAGGGGAUGUUAACGUUAGAUAAUCUUAAGGGAUUAGUUAAAAGAUGUUAAAUUAUUUGGAAGUCAUGUCGAUGAAGCGACACAAAAUUUGUUAAUUAAAUUCAAUUGAUGUUGAAAUAAACCAAUUGAAAACUAAAA